AUGGAUGACUCUUUGUGUCUUCCGAGCGCUGGUGCUGCGCAACCCAGUUCACGUGAGGAGGAGCUGCAGGCCGGAGUCAAUUUUGGAGGUGUGGGCUACGCUCCUUACAUGUGGACCUCGCUAGACGCAGCUCACCACCACCAACAGCAGGAACAUCAUCACUAUACUGGAUAUCCGUACGCAGGCUCUCGCAUGCAAGCCGAAUCGGCGUUUGGCAACGCCUCCGCUGGCAUGUUCUCGUACCACCAAUACCCUGUGUCUCCACUGAUCAGCGGGGCUGGCACAAAUGGAGGCGUAGGAGGCGGAGCAGCACAACGGCAAGGCUCCCAUGGUUCUGCGGGAGCCAUGCAAGAGACAUACUACGACGUCUAUGGGCGUCUGGCCGGAGCUACACACGCUGCCGCUCCGGAUCAAGCAGUUGGCGCGCCAUUUGUCGGGUACAUGUACGGCUAUCCAUUCCAGCCUGGGAUGCCCGGGGUAGGGUACGAAGGAACGGCGGAAAGCCUGAACAGCGUGCAGGAUGAUGGAUCAGCGUCACAGCAACAGGCAGCAGGCGGUGCUGCAAGAUGCUCCACUUCCUCUCGGGAGGGCAUGGAGGCUCCUGCCUAUUUCCAGUACAGCGCAUACGCACCGGGCUACGACGGGUUACCAGUAGCGCCGCCAGGGUUUCUCGUACACGCACCCGGCCUCGCCGCCGCGGCGGCAGCAGCAGCCAGAGGAGCCCCAGGCAUGCCGUGCAUGGCCGCUAGCGCGUUUCACGUGCAUACGCCGAAUGGGUUCGGCAUGGGCACCGUUGGCUUUGCGCCCGGCGCCAUGGGCAGCGUCCUUGCGCGUCCGCCGCCCCGUCAGCUGUGGGGGACUGGUAGGGGUAGAGGUCAAAGUUCUACUUCGAGAGGCGGUCCGAACUUGGGCUCGUUGCACAGUCUACGCAUGCGACCUCGCCAAUCCUCCGCCACUUCCGCCUCGGGCAACAAGCCGAUCACAGACCCGGCAAGCAGCCCAAUUGACAGUCCUCCGACGAUCGCCGAAGGCGUCCAGCCGCUCUCAACAUCAACCUCCUCCUCGUCACAACACUCACCGUUGCAUGCGCCGCACCUUUCGGGAAUGCCAGCUGAGUCUGCUGCGAUCGCCCCGCAUCUUCCUCGUCCGCCGAGCCGGCUACAAGACCCCAACUCGCAGCCGCAGCGAUCGGACCACGUCAUGUGGGUCGGCAACAUUCCCACCGACGCCACGAUCCCGGAGCUGUGGCAAUUCUUCGGUCGCCUGCCACCGGCUGAGAGCGGUACAACUCCACCAGCAAAGCCCGCUGGUCUGCCCGCGGCGCUGCCGCAGCAAGCCGCCAUCGCCGGCGCAGAGGUCGCCGACCCAGGUGCCGCCGCGCCUCCGCAUGGCAUUCUCUCCAUCUUCAUCAUCUCGCGCUCGAACUGCGCAUUCGUCAACUACAAGGAUGCUGAGGUGCUGCAGCGCGCCGUGGCCUUCUUCGCUGGCCAGGCGCUGCGGCCUUUGGAUCCGCACUGUCCGCGGCUCGUCUGCCGCGUACGCAGGAAAGACGAGGAGGUGCAGGCGGGUGUUGCUGGGCAGCGUGGGAAGGGGUUUCAUAUCGCAUAUAUCAAGGAGCACGAGAAGAGGCGUAAGGAAGAUGUCCGGCUAGGACAAGGGCAAGGGACAGCUGCUGGGGAAAACACAGCCAUUGAAGUAACCCUGGCCGGGUCCGUGACCAGUCUGAACUUAGAGGAUUCGAAUAUGAAGCGGAGCGAGCCAGGUAGCCCAAGGUCCGAGUCGACGGGCGGGACGCCUCGCCAGCUUCCGGCAGAUGCACGGCUGCCAGGUGUGUCACAGGCUGAGCCACCGGCUCUCGCUUACGACGGGUCGUCCGGAUCUCCAAGCGUUUCCAGCGGGUCCCUAUCGUAUACUUCAACUAACUCGUCGCUGCUUCGUCAUCCGGCAUUCAAGGAGCGCUUUUUUGUCCUCAAAAGCCAUCAAGUCGAAGAACUACAGCGCUCCGUCGAGAAAGGCAUUUGGGCGACACAGCUGCACAACGAGGACGUGCUCGACCGAGCUUUCCGUAACAGCCAAUCCGUCUAUCUCUUCUUCAGCGCCAACCAAUCCGGAGGCUGGUUUGGCGUCGCACGCAUGAUGGGUCCCAUCAAGCCUCACCCAUCCACCCCGAAGCUUGAGCACAGUCCGUUGAUGAGCAAGCGCGGAGGGCAUCCGAAUCGCCCCAAGACGAUCUUCGAAGAAGGUACCGACGCGCAAGGCGAUCAGAUCAAGUCUCGCUUCGCUCCCACCAGCUUUCUUAGCGCGCUUGGUGAUCGCACCAGCUCAGAACUGCAGCCGAUUGCAUCGCCGAACGACAUCACUAAGCUCAAUGAGGAGGAGAUGCCGCUCAGCUGGGCUCCUGGUGCAGGAGGCUCUUCAGCUUCCACAUCGGUACCAGAGAGCAAUAGGCGCUUGCUGUCACCGGAUGUCGGCGGCAUUUCCUGCAAGGACAUGCUCGGCGAGCAGCUGCCAGGCAGUGAGUGCGGGAGCAUCAGCGGGGGAUCGAUCUACCCUGCCGACUCCGUCUCGAUGGCCAGCACAGCGCGCGAUCUGCAGCAGCUGGCCGUACGCGCUCUCAUCCACAACCUUCGUCUCGACGAGCGCGAGAGCUCACAGAAAGCCUCGGAGCUGGAGUACAUGCUCGAAGCAGGCGCGGAGGGCCUGCCAAGUCGGCCUGCACAAGCGAUCGGAAGGCCGUUCAAGGUGGAAUGGAUUCAAGUCAGGCAUGUUCCCUUCUACGUCACGCGCAAGCUGCGCAACCCUUGGCGCGACAACCGUCAAGUCAAGGUUUCCCGUGAUGGCACAGAGCUGGAACCAUCCGUAGGGCGCGAAAUGCUCGAGAUUUUCGACAAGUUCGAGGAUCGCGAAAAGACGGCUGCGGCGACCAGCGGAGACCGGAAUACGAGCCCUGAGCAAGAUCAGGAGGAUGAAGAAAAUUCAAGAAACUGCCUACUACCAGGUGUAUACCACAUGUGA